AUGGCAAUCGGAGCAUCAACCAGCAGCGCAUCCGCCGUGAUCGAGGUGUCCAUCGACGGCAAACCAGCUUCCAUCGGACACGAUCACGAGUUCCUCUACGUCGUUCGGGGUCAUCACAAGCAUGUCGAAGCGCAGACAAGCAAAGCUUACGUUCGGGUACCGUUGGCACUCGUGCUGAACGCUUCCUUCGUAUCUGACUCGGAUGGCGGCUCCCUUCUUGUUCGGCUUCUAUCACCACCGUUACAGGCGCAAAACAGCGAGGCACCUGGUCCAUUCUCGUUCUUCAAGAAGACAAAGGCGCCACCAACAUGUAUGGAAUCGUUGCCGCAACAUGCCUACACGGCAAUGACAUCGUCGGCGCGGGCCGAAAGACUACGAGAACAGCUCGAGGGCCCAUGCUCGAGCCUUCGCCUAGUCAAGAUCGAGGCGCGAGUCGUAGCGACCAAGCAUGGAGCGGAUGUCGAAGCGAGCACACAAGCCUGGGUUGACACGGUGAUGAGGGCCGCCUACCAGCAUGUCAAGCCAUAUAGGCGUGUCAAGAUUCUCAUCAACCCGGUUGGUGGUCCUGGAAAGGGUCGACAACUGUUCGAGAGUCGAGCUCGACCUAUCUUGGAGGCGGCGGGGUGCAAGCUGGAUGUGACGAUUACAUCGCAUCGCAUGCAUGGAGUUGAGAUGGCUAGAGACCUCAAAGUGCAAGACUACGAUGCGGUCGGCAUUGUCAGCGGUGAUGGUCUGCUGCAUGAAAUGCUCAACGGAUUUGCGACACGGAACGACGCUGACAAGGCGCUCGCUUUACCAUUAGCGCCGAUUCCGGCAGGAAGUGGCAAUGCUAUGUCGAUCAACUUGCUCGGUGUUCAACAAGGUCUCAGUCUUGCGCUGGCGUGUCUCAACGUCAUCAAAGGUCGUCCGAUGAAGCUUGACUUGCUCAGGGUCACGCAGCCCGCAUCGGCAUUCCCACCAGGUCUUCCUGUCCCAGGGAGAUUGGCAAGUGAUACCCUGGGCAAGCGAGCGGAGGCACAAGCACGGCGCGAUGCCACUCUGAUCGGCAGUAAUGGUGGCAGUGCAAGAGGCUCAGAGGACGUUGCAAGAAUCAUCGACGCUCCAUCAUCGCCCUAUGUGCAGUACUAUUCGUUCUUGUCACAAGCUAUCGGCAUUGUCGCUGAUCUUGAUUUGGGUACAGAGCAUCUCCGCGCACUUGGCGACACACGCUUUGUGAUCGGUUACGCGACGUCGGUGCUUCGAAACGCCAGAUGUGACGUAGACAUUGACAUCAAGCUGGGGUCCCGUGGUAGUAAGAAUAGAGCCGAGAUGCGUCAGAGAGUCAUCGACUUUAACAAGGGCAGUCAGUCACACAGGGAAGUCGACAGAGAAUCCAGCAAUACAGGAGAAGGAGAAGCGGAUGCUGCGUCUACGAUGGCACAGCUCGUCCAUGGCGAUGUUACAGAAGUUCUUACAGCAGAUGGCAACCCACCACCACCGUUUGACCUGCACGACCCAUCGUGGCCGCACACCUUCCUCCAGCGAUCUUGCGCUAGACAAGCAGCCGCUGCCCUGGAUCCCUCACAAGGAGACUCCCAGGCCUCUACCUCGGGUUGGGUGCGCAUCCACGAGCCAAUCGCAAGCUUGUAUGCAGGCAAACUUCCCUUUGUCAGUCGCGAUCUGAUGCAAUUUCCCUUUGCACUCCCCAACGAUGGUACCAUCGACGUCGCUAUGAUCCUACACGCCGGUGGUCGAGUCGCAAAAGUGCCUGAGAACGGGUAUGCCGAAACAGGUCAGCUGGUGUAUCAGAAGGCGAUGUCGUAUCUCAAGGUGGAAGCUAUUCGUGUGACGCCAAAGCGGAAGGAAGGGGACAAGAAGCUCAAGAAUGGUGGCUUGAUUAGUAUUGAUGGUGAGAAGGUGCCUUAUGCUGCUUUCCAGGUGGAAGUGGCUCAAGGUUUGCAAUAUUCGGUCUUGUCCUUGUACGGACGCUUUUGUGUUUCGCUUCCGGAGUCACCGACUGUGAGGUGA